AUAUUAACGAUUCAUUUUGAUUUCGUGUUUUAAGAUGAUUUUAAGAUUACAGACUUGUUUUUUGUUCACUUUAUUAUUUUUAUUUGUGUCAGGUUUAGAAAAAAGAAAAAUUAAUUAUUUACCGGUCUCAUUAGAUCGGGAACAAGUAUCAGAGUCGGCGGAAGAUAUGAACCCGUUCAUAAAACGACUUAAAAAUAUAAUUCCCAUACCCUCAAAAGAUGAAGAAAGGAAAUUUACAAACAAAAUACUAGUGAAGCGAGUCCUACCUCAUGGAGCUCCGCAGGCAGUAUUCGAAUAUGAUUACAGUUUUAAGACAUUAUUUAAACCGCUCAUAAGAAUGCACAAAAAGAUAACUCUCUCUGACGACAGCGGUGAAGAAAGAGAAAGUCCAUCCUACGACAGGCAUGGACCGAAACUGGGAAACGUUCACAUUGUAAAUAUGCACGACGAUCGGGAGGAUCCUCCACCGGCACCCCUCGGAGCUGGCCGAUAUCAUGGAGCCGUUCAUAGAGACACGGAACCCAAAGACGCGGAAAGCAACAGAUUAAAGUCAUACAACAAAAUUAUAUAUGUACUUAAAGAUAAUCUGAGGUCUCCCUACUGGGGCCGCUCUCUGGAGACGAAAGACGGUCAGUCGAAAGAUGGGUUAUACGAAUUCGAUGAUAUUGACAGCGGAAACAAAUCAAAAAAGUGGAUCCCGCACUACCCGCUGUGGAACUACUGGACGUAUAAGAAGUCGAUACACGAGGACGUCUGUCCAGAGCAGCAAGUGAAGGUUGGUAACAUGUGUAUUUGGUUUCCGCCUCACCGAUAAUACAGAUUUUAAUAAACGUUCUACAAACUA